AUGGAUGAAUUAUCCAAGACUAUAGACCAAUUUCUUUCGUUUACGAAUAUUCAGAACCACCAUUUUGGUAUUCCUAAAGUUAAUUAUCAUUCGACAUCAAAAUCUAAUGCAUUAUUUGCAGCAGAAUUAAAAUAUUAUCAAAGCUAUAAAACAUUGAUUUCAAAUAUAAAUGAAUUAAUCUACUUGAAUGAAUUGAAAAAUCUUCAAAACACGUCUAAUAAUAAUCUAAAUGAUCAGUAUGAUUCUAUAAUGAAAGAAAUUCCAGGAAAUUUCCAAGAUAAACCUAUAGAAUAUUUACAAUCACUCAAUAAUUUCAAAACUGAUACAUUAUUGAACACAUACUUACAAAUAACUUUACCUGUACUUCGAUCUAUUCAUCAUUAUAAUGACUAUUUAACUUCAACAGAAACGGUGAUUCAUAAUAAUCUUGAAAAUUUGUAUUCACAAACUAAUGGCCAACAAGAUGUUAACAUAAAUAAGAUUCUAGAUCUUUACAAUAAAAAUAAUGAAUUGACAGAACAAUACAAUGAUCUUCAAUCAGACAUUAAGAGAAUUUUGAAACUAAUUAAACCCAAAUUGAAGAAUUUGAAUGAAAUUGAUGAAACCCUUCAAUCUUUAGAAUCUGAAAAUAAUGAUAAAAGGCUAACAUUUAUUAAAAAUCAUCAGUAUGAUGAACAGGCCAUCAAGAAACUAUUCAAGAAAUUGGUUCAAAAAUGGUGUCAUAUAUCAAUAUUAUGUGAUUUUCUACCCAAUUUCAUAUUAUGCUUACCCUUGGAUUGGUUUGAUGAUAAUAUAUGUAAUCAAAUAAUGGAAAAAUGUGCUGAAUUGAAUGAAAAGUAUGGACAUUUCCAAACUUUGUUAAAUAAAGAUAAUAUCAAAGAUAUGACGUUGGAUCAAUUAUUAAUGAUCGAUCUAAAAUAG